GCUAAUGCUUAUGCGCUCUCUUACAGAAGCACUUCGUCGUUCCUAUCGACCCCGAGCUCACCUUAUCUUCUCCCGCGCUCUCAAUCCUCAGUUUCAAUGGCGAACGAAGAAGAUUCCCCAAGCCCUUCCGAGUCUCAGCAGGAAGAGCUGGAGCAGGAGUUCGACCCGCAGAAUGACCAGAACCCGGAGAUGGACAGCUCAUCAGACUCCGAUUCCGACUCGGACUCCUCCUCCGACGAGGAAGAGGAAAAGGAAGCCGCCGGAGAAGCGGAUGAAGCUCUGGCCUACAUCCGCCGCGGGGACGAGCCGGAGGAGUUGGAGAACACCCCCGAGGCCAACAUCCAGCAGUUCUCCGAAAUCCUCAGCGGCCGCCGCAUGAAGCGGAAGCAGGAGGAGGAGGACCGGUCCUACGUCUUCCAUGAGGACCUCUUUGAUUUCCCAGAGGACCCCGAGAAGUGGAGGGAGGAGGACCUGAAGGAGCUGUGGGCGGAUGCCCCGCUCGAAAUGACCAAGCCCGGGUGGGACCCGGUCUGGGCCGACGAGGAGGACUGGGAAAUCGUCAGGGAGGAGAUUAAGGCUGGGCGGGACCCGCCCAUUGCUCCGUUCUACGUCCCCUUCAGGAAGCCGUACCCCGCUAUCCCCGACAAUCACUACGAUAUCUCGAACCCGAAGGCCGUCAUCGAGGAGUUGGAUCGGAUUGAGGAGUUCUUGAAGUGGGUCAGCUACAUUUUCCCUGAUGGGAGCACGUACGAAGGCACGGUUUGGGAUGACUUAGCUCAUGGAAAAGGUGUUUAUGAAGCUGAGAAUGGACUUGUCAGGUAUGAAGGUGAGUGGCUCCAAAACAAUAUGGAAGGUCAUGGAGUCGUUGAAGUUGACAUACCAGACAUUGAACCUGUGCCAGGUUCCAAGCUCGAAGCGAAAAUGCGAGCUGAAGGGAGAAUAAUAGCGAGAGAUUACAUGUCACCAGAAGAUAGAGAGUGGUUGGAGAUGGAUAUAGAAGACAGCAUCCGUCUUGCUGGAGGAAAUUAUGAAAUCCCUUUCUAUGAGAACAAUGAGUGGAUCAAACAAUUUGGCGAAAAACCGGAGAAAGGCCGUUAUCGCUACGUUGGUCAAUGGAAGCACGGGAGAAUGCAUGGGUGCGGCGUUUAUGAAGUCAAUGAGCGUACCAUAUAUGGAAGGUUCUACUUUGGGGAGCUAUUGGAAGAUUCCUAUGGCUGCGAUGAGAACGUUUCAGCCCUGCAUGCAGGGAUAGCAGAAAUAGCUGCUGCAAAGGCACGGAUGUUUGUCAACAAACCCGAUGGGAUGGUCAGGGAAGAGAGGGGUCCAUAUAGUGAUCCUCAGCACCCGUACUUUUACGAGGAAGAAGAUGUGUGGAUGGCCCCGGGCUUCAUCAACCAGUUCUACGAAGUGCCUGAGUAUUGGAAAAGGUAUGUGCAUGAAGUAGAUCAGGAAAGAGAGCUGUGGUUGAACUCCUUCUAUAAAGCUCCGCUGAGGUUGCCUAUGCCUGCUGAGCUCGAGUACUGGUGGUCAAAAGAUGAAACUCCUGAGUUUGUUCUGCUUAACAAGGAACCUGAUCCUGAUAAUGAUGAUCCAUCCCAACAGUAUCCAGAAGAUCCCGUAAUCCUCCACACGCCCACUGGACGUAUAAUCAAUUAUGUUGAGGAUGAAGAACAUGGGAUCCGAUUAUUCUGGCAACCGCCUUUAAAGGAUGGGGAGGAAAUGGACCCUGCAAAGGCUGAAUUCCUCCCCCUUGGUAUUGAUGAGUUCUACGGGCGAGAAGUGAGUGAGAAAAAGGAGAGCUUUUGGAAACGUCUUGUUCUAGCAGCCGAGAAUGCUUGCAAGCCUGCCUUCGAGAGGUUUGAUAAGUGGAUUGAGGAGAAGAAGAAGGAAGGUGAGAUGAAGAUGAAGCUCAUCGAGAAGGAGCUUGACCUUGUUGAGGCUGAACUCUGCUUGGAAGAGGCGAUUGAGGACAUGGAUGAGGAGUUGAAAGAAAGAGAGAAGGAGGAGCAGAGGAAGGCUGAAAUGGGUUUGCAGGAGGAAGAAGACGAGACCUCCGAACUGACAAAGGAUGAGGGAAAAGCUUCCCUGGAAGUGGAAGAGGCAGAGGAAGCAGAAGAAGGGGAAGAGGAUGAAGAAGAGGAAGAGGAUGACUCUGCUCUGUCAAGUUUUGGAACUGUUGGCAAUAACCAGGAAAAGCCAAAGAAUGGCCAAAAACGAAGUAAACCUGAGGAUUCGCCAUUUGCUGCCUCCUCGUUGGGCUUUGCUUCUUCUAGCCUCAUCUCAGCUGUCUCUUCCACGGUGCAACAAUCAUUUUCAUCAUGGAAGCAGAUCCAAUCAAGGGCAAAUUCAUCCUUCAAGGUCUCUUGGGUUCUUCCCCAACCAGUGGGAACUGUCACUUGUCCUCGACCAAUCCAUCAGAGCGGGAACUUGAAAGCCGCAAGACAAGAAUGCUGGCGAUUUCAAAAGGGGAUAACAUCUGACAGGAGCUCAUCUCGCAUGCGAAGCCUAUCAAGGAUCAUAGCAUCCCAUCCAGGCCCAAUAAAAUCGACGAGGCGUCCAAUGGAGCCGAGAGUACGAGACUUCAAGUGGCUCCAUGAAGCACCAGAUGGGGAGCUGAGCAGGAUACUGUCUUUGCAUGACCAAGUGAAUCGUUUGGAGUCACAUUUGGAUAGUGACAUCUAAAAAUGUGUAUGUUCUCAUUCUCAAGCUUUUGUAGGAUUCGUCAUCUUUAGUUUAUUGUUUUCUUUCUGUAAUGUUGAUUUUCUUGGCCGAGUUUUGGUUGUACUUUUGGCUUAAGCGGAGCUACUUUGAGGCGCAAUUAAAUUCCAAGAGAAUAAUGAAAAGAAAUUUGUUGAGUUAGCCCA